AUGACCGCUGCGCAGUAUAUGAUCGAAUUGGUAAAAAUUUCGAAUUAUAAAUUGACAAAAAUCAUUCAAGAUGAGAACUCACGGAGUGGAAGAGCUGAUACAACGUUGCGAAGCGGCUGGAGCCAACUUUGGUGGAAAUAUUUUCAGUUUCUCGCUGAGCGAGUUGGCCGUUGGCUGUCCAGUACUCGUGGAUCCAAUUGACGCUUGUGGUCCUGUCAGAGUUCGUUUUUUUUUCAAUUUUUUUCAAAGUGUUCCUUCAUUGAUACAAAUUUUUAGGGAGGCCGGAACCAAACGUUAUGUGAACAUCCAUAUGCCUUGGUUUCUCGCAGCCCCAGAGAACACAAAUGUGCUUUCUCACAACAGGUGAAAAAUCAUUUCACAAUUAAAACCUUUUGAAGAAAUGAAACUUCCCUGUGGGACACGUGGAAAACCUGAAACUUUUUUUAAAUUGCUAGAGAGAAUUCUCAUUUCACAUUUUUUUAUGAAACGUGUUUUUACUUUAAUGAAAAUAAAUUUUCAGGCUAUUCACGUGCAAGAGUCUGACGAGCCGAUCUUCAAAAUGGCGAUCAUAUACAAUUUUCCCGGAGAGGAGCCUGUUGAAAUGAGCGGCGAAGAGCAUGCCGACAGCGUCAAAAUUCCUUUGCUCAUGGUUUCCUAUGACUGCAUGACCGAGUUCACCAAACAUUCCUACUCCGAUGGGUUUUUUUUCCGAGAGAAGAGCAAUUUUAUAUUAAUGCUUCUUAGGUAUUACAUUCGAAUUAGAAUCACGCCGACUUACUACGAGCUGUUCCGAUAUUUGAUCCCAUUCGUGAUUGUUCUCGGCUUCUGUGUCAUGUUAUUUGGCAUCACUUUGGUGAGAAAAAUGCGUUUUUUAAAAACAACCCCGUGGUAAUUGAAGUGCAUCCGCUUCUUCCGCGAACGCCGACGCAAUGCUCGCAAGCGUCUUUCAAAGCGCAACCUGCGCAAAAUUCCCGUGCGAAAGUACAAAGCUGGUGAGCAUGGCAGAUACAACAGAUUUAAUUCUGAGUUUGCAGGUGAUCACCCAGACACUUGCGCCAUUUGUCUUGAAGAUUUUGUCAGCGGCGAGAAACUGCGACAUUUGCCUUGCCGUCAUGGUUUUUUGUGAAAUUUUAAAGCUGAUUGAUGUCGUUAAUAAUUGCAGUUUAUCAUUGCAAAUGUAUCGAUCCGUGGCUGACGGAAAACCGGAAAGUUUGCCCCAUGUGCAAACGACGUGUUGGCGACGAUUCGGAUAGUGAUUCUGGCGAUGAUAGCCGCAGACAAAACGUGGUAGGACUGUUUAUUAGAUCAGAAAACUAGAAAAACUCAAAAAAUAAGUAUUAUUCCAUAGAAAAAAAAAGUUUAUUGAAGUUGAGAAAAAACGAGAAAAGUCAAAUUUUUAUUGGUCAGAAGUGUGAUUUCAGCCGAAUCUUUUCGCUGCGAUGCUUCCUCCGUCAUCUCAACAAUCUUGUGAGUUUUUCUUCUUUCUAACUUUUCAAAACGUUAUAUUCAGCUUCGACUCUAGAUGUGGAAGCCGACGUCCAUGAAGAAGGCCUGAGCAAUCCUCCCGAUUUUCAUGCUGCACGACAACAGCUGAAUGAGGUUUCAAAUUGGCUUUUUCUGGUUUUUUUAUAUCCUAUUCAGCCGCCGGAAUUCGAGCCUGGCUGCAGCAACAUCGCUACGCAAAUUCGCCGCAUGAUCCGUCGCCGUUCCGACCGCAACCGCCAGGUUGACCUUUGAGUUACUUAAUGCAUUCUUUCAUAAAAAAAAUUUGCAGGAAGAUGACGAUAACUUGGAGAAUGCUACUAACAACCGAGACUCCGAGAGCGAUCUCAGUGAUACGAGCUCUGAACGCCGUCUUCUUCAAAAGUGAGUGAGAAAAAGUUCAAAGAGGGUUUUGCUCUCUGAAAAGGGAUACAAUUAAAAACUUUUUUUAAUCUACUAAAACAUUGUAAAAAAAAUAAUUUUGUUAGUGCGUUUGAGUUAUUUCCUGGAUUGCAUUUCAGCAUCGUCGUGGAGAACGAAGAGACUACCAAUGCCACGCAAGAAGCUCCAGAAGUGUCAGAGGUCGAAGUGAAGCAGCCAACCAAAGAAAGUCCUUCGACUUCUCAAUAA